AUGAGAUUAAAUAAAGACAUGAAAAAAAUGCAGAAACUUUCAGCGAAUUGUAUAUUUUUUAAAAUUUUCACUAUUGUUAUAUUUUGUAUAUUACAAUGUGCUAGCCAUAUAGAAAAUGAUAAAUUACCUUACCUGCAAGGUGAAAUAAAUAUGGGUAAUAAAUUAACAGCUCGUAGAUUGGCAUCAUUAUAUAUUUCAGAACAAAGAUAUAAAAAGAUUGAAAUGAAUAGUAGUAGUGAUUUGGAAAAAAAAUGGAAGAACAUAUGUUUUGAAUGGAGGAGAGAUUUGAAUGAUAUAUGUAAGCAGAUAUUUUGGGAAUUUAAAAAAGUUUGUAUAAAGAAUAAAGUAAAUGUAGAUAUAGAAAAUGAUACAUGGAAAACUUGGCGAGAUGAAGUACAAGAUCGUAUUAAAAUGAAAGAAGAAGAAGAUUAUCAAGAUUAUUUAAGAUUUAAAGAAACCCAAUAUACAACUACAGAUAUGAAUAAAUUUAUAUAUGAAAAAAUAGUAUCGUUUAAAUUAUUUAACGAUGAAUUAUUGAGUGAAAAGGAUUCUUUCAUUGAAUGUCUCGUAAAUAAAUGGUUAAAAUAUAAAGAGGAACAUUUCGAUAUCAAAUCCGUUAAGUAA